AUGCGAAAACUUUCUGUAGCAGCACAAACUUCAUGCAAUUUUUUAAGGAGGAAAAACAAAAAAGGUAGAAACAGAAUAGGAAAUGAAAGAGGGUUAGUUCAGACGAAAAAAUAUGAUUAUCUAAUAACAGACAAAAAACAAAUUAUUCAAGAUGUAACUGUACUCAAUAAACUAUCAGUAGGAAGCGAUGGUAGACGACUAAGGGGUUUGGACCCUGCGUUUCCGAUGUUCACUAUUUUCCUUAGAAACGUUCGAUUGCGUUCUACCGACGCCAGAUUUGUCCAAGUUAUUCACACAAGCAUUUUGGGAGGAUAUGAAAAUAUGGGACAUGCAGAUUACUAUGCAAAUCGAUUAAUUCGUCAGCCAGGCUGUCCGAUUGCUAUCAUUGAGGGUUUUUCUGACCAUCUGAAGACACUUUCUAUCAAGACAUCGUACCGAAAGCAUAACCAGUUUGUCGACUUCGUCCUUGGUAGCGACGGCAGAUACAACUGCUCUACUCCACUGGCUACGCUUAAUACACCAAUAUUUCAAAGGUAA